AUGACAGCCACAGGCAAUCAAAAAUUUGAUAAAUUUAUUAUUAAAAAAUUAUAUAAGAUGACUGGUGGUUUUUUUCGAACACUAAGUCAACGGUUAACAAAUAGAAAAGGAAAUAAUGAGGUAAAUAAUGGUUCUAGUAAAAUAUUAAGUCAACCUUCAAAUUUUUCUCAAGAUAAGGUAAUAAAUGAUAGAAAAAAAUUUCAAAAAAGUGGUUAUGAAAUUAUGGAGAAAAAAUUUGAUAAAAAGAAAGAAAUUUUAUGUACUAUUUCUUUGUUAGAUGGGACAGUUCUUGAUUUUAUAAUUAAUAAGAAAUCUGAUGGCAAAGAAUUGUAUGAUCUUGUAUAUUAUUCAUUAGAUUUAGAGGAAAAAGACUAUUUUGGUUUAUGUUAUAAAGAUCAUUCUGGUGUUCAGAUAUGGUUAGAUCCAUUAAAAAAAAUAAAUAAACAAGUUGAUGAGAAUCAAUCAAAAUUUAAAUUUGAUUUUCGAGUAAAAUUUUUUUCCUCUGAUCCAUCACAUUUAAGAGAAGAACUUACAAAAUAUCAAUUUUUUUUACAAUUAAAAAAUGAUAUUGAAAAAGGAAAAUUAGAAUGUGAUAAACAAACAGCAAUAGAUUUAGCAGCUUAUUGUUUACAAUCAGAGUGUGGUGAUUAUGAUCCAUAUAAACAUAGUCCAGCAUUUGUAUCAGAAUUUAGAUUUUACCCAAAACAAGAUGAAGAAAUGGAAAUUGCUAUUUUAGAAAGAUAUAAAAGAUGUAGGGGACAGACACCAGCUCAGGCUGAGAUGAAUUAUUUAAAUAGAGCAAAAGAACUUCAGAUGUAUGGUGUUGAUAGGCAUAUUGUUCAAGGAAAAGAUGGUAAUAAUUAUAAAUUAGGAUUAACACCAACUGGAAUGUUAGUUGCUGAUGGUGAACAAAUGAUAGGUUUUUUUCGUUGGGAAUGUAUGCAAAAAUUAGAUUUUAAAAAUAAAAAAAUAUCAUUAGUUGUGGAGGAUGAUGAUGGUACAGGAAAGAAGGAUCGUAUUCAAUUACAUACUUUUGUUUUCAAUUUAACAUCACAUAAAGCAUGUAAACAUUUAUGGAAAUGUGCUAUUGAAUAUCAUACUUUUUAUAGAUUAAAAUUUCAUAAAACUAGUAAAGGACCAAAAACACAAUUAUUUCGCCUUGGAAGUACAUUUAAAUAUCGUGGAAGAACUGAGUAUGAGAAUGUCCAUCGUGAAACUGGAAGAUUAUCUAGAAGAUGUACCUCAACAUUUGAAAGAAAACCAUCACAACGCCAACCACCAAGACAAUCAUAUUUUAAUAAUAAAAUAGAAAAAGAUGAUAUAAAAACAAAAAAUGGUUCUUCAAAUGAUGUUUUACCAAAUUUGAUUGAAGAAAAUGUUAAUCUUGAUGUAACAUCAUUUAUCAAUAAAUUAAAUUCCGGUUCACCAAUAUCAAAUGCUUCAUCUGGUUAUAUUAGUUCUCAUAAUUUAAGUCAAUCAUUAACUCAUUUAAAUUCAACCAUACAAAAACAAAAAAUAUUAAUGGAAAAAAAUGAUGAGAUAGGAGAAAAUGAAGAUAUAGGAAUAAGGAAUAAUUCAAGUACUCGUCAAUUUAAAAGUACAUAUGAUUUGAUAAAUGAAACUCCUCACAUAACAAGAAUAGAAAUAAAUAAUUGUGAAACACCAAAAAAACAAAGCCAACCAAUUUAUCAAAAAGAAUUUUCUAGUUCAGGCAUUUCAUCAAGUUAUCUUAAAAUAAAUUAUAAUACAGAUGGAAAUAGAAGGAUAUCAACACAAUCAAAAAUAGUUACAAAUUUAUGA